AUGUCAGUGAAUUGCUUCAUCGUGCGCAUUGCUGCAAAAUUCAUCACUCAUGCACCCCCUGGAGAAUUUAAUGAAGUGUUCAAUGAUGUCCGGUUAUUGCUUAGCAAUGACAAUCUUCUCAGGGAAGGAGCAGCACAUGCGUUUGCCCAGUAUAACAUGGAUCAGUUCACUCCGGUGAAGAUAGAAGGGUAUGAUGAUCAGGUCUUAAUCACAGAACAUGGCGAUCUGGGCAAUGGCAGAUUUUUAGACCCAAGAAACAAGCUUUCUUUUAAGUUUGAUCACUUAAGGAAAGAAGCAAGCGACCCCCAGCCUGAGGACACAGAAGCAGCUUUAAAAUCAUGGAGAGAUGCCUGUGACAGUGCAUUGAGAGCAUAUGUGAAAGAUCAUUACCCCAAUGGCUUCUGUACUGUUUAUGGUAAAUCUAUAGAUGGGCAGCAGACAAUUAUUGCCUGUAUUGAGAGCCACCAGUUCCAGCCCAAAAACUUUUGGAAUGGUCGUUGGAGAUCAGAAUGGAAGUUUACCAUCACACCACCAACAGCUCAGGUGGCUGCUGUGCUCAAGAUUCAGGUUCAUUAUUAUGAAGAUGGUAAUGUGCAACUCGUUAGUCAUAAAGAUAUCCAGGACUCUGUGCAGGUUUCAAGUGAUGUCCAGACAGCUAAGGAAUUUAUUAAGAUAAUAGAAAAUGCAGAAAACGAGUACCAGACAGCAAUCAGUGAAAACUACCAGACUAUGUCAGACACCACAUUCAAAGCCUUACGCCGGCAGCUACCUGUCACCCGCACCAAGAUCGACUGGAACAAAAUCCUCAGCUACAAGAUUGGCAAAGAAAUGCAGAACGCUUAACGCAGGAAUUAUGAGAUUUAUGAAAUGUUUGUGUGCAAAAAGAACACAAAAAAAUGUGAUCUUAUGCCAAGUAGAUGGUUUCUAAAGCAGUGCAGCAUUUUUCUAGGGCUUUCAAAGUUAACAGGUUUUCUAGCCUCAGAGAACUGUGGAACGAAUAGCAUUGUCUUUGUGUUUUGUGUUCCCCACCAUUUAAACUUCCUAUUGUGACUGCAUUUACUGGUAGGUCAUUUUAAUUGAGUCACAUUCAUGGUUCAGAAAUAUAGCUGUUUUCAAUCACUGUAAUUGUACCGGUUGGAAAACUUCCUAGCUGCAAAAGCCCUAUAAUAAAUACAGCUGAGGGUGCAGAGCAUUCCCCUUCACCCAUAUACAGCACUCCAGGUACUUCAGUAAGUUUGUCAAAUCUGCCAACAGCUCAAGGCGCUAUGCUGCAAGGUAUAAUAAAUGCAAAAGACAGUAAGUUCUCCCAUGUAUCCUUACUACUGACCUCCACAAAGCAAAGAGCCUAUAGGCUUAGACUUUACUAUAUGAAAUGAGUUUACAAGAUCCUUUACAGAAAUCCCUACACAGUCAGCUCUUCCAGGGGUGUAGUUUUUUUAGUCUGAAGAUUUGAGCCAUGUUCCCUGUAAGUGAACAUUUUUGCUGUCCCCCCCCUCAUGUAUGUACGGUUCUCAGACAUCUGCAUUUUUAUAGAACUACAUUUUUUGUUGUAUGGAUCACUGCUGAUCCCUUUAGUCUGGAUGAAGAUUAAAAAUGCAAAUGUCUACAGAAAAAUAGGUAUGUUGUGCUUUAAUGCUUUGUGGCAGGUUCCUAGAAUUUGUAUCACAGGUGUAUGAAUGAAUAGUGUACAAAAUGAUAAAUAAACUUGCACCAAAGCAAGAGAAAAAACCUUUCCGUUUUGUCUCUAUUGUGGCCAGUUUCUUCUUACACUUAAUGGGGAUGCUGGGCUUAAUCUCUUCACUGCUCUCUAAAAGCUUGCUCUGUUGCUUUGUUUGUCUGUAAAAGCAAGAGAAACUGCUUCAGACUGCUACUUUUAACAGGAGGUUGGAGGGGCACGUGGAUACUUUCUCAGUCAGAACUCAAAACGUGAAUUCACUGUAAGAUGAAGCCCCUGUGGUUAAUUCCCUUUGCUUUGUUUACAUUUGUUUCUCACUUGGCCUUUUUGCAGGUUGCUUUUUAAAUUGGGUGGUGUCUUCCUAUUUUUACAUACACAAGGAAGGGGGAUUGGAAAGAUAGGGGUGGGGCUGCUUGUGCAUUACACUUUAGGUUUUGCACAGUAAUACCACAAUAUAAGCGUGUCAGUGUUCUGAGAAAUUUUGUCCGAAUGUUUGUAUUUGCUGUUAAGACUGACCGUUCAUCCUACAGGCAUCCUCUGUAUCAAAUAGUCUAGUAGAAAUACACCAGUCUUUGUUUUAAA